UGGAAUUUUGAGGUUAUAUUUACUUUUGUUUUGAAAUUGAAUUCGUAGGUGUCAGUUAUUAUUAAAGAACUAAACAAUUUGUAACAAAAAGAAUUAAAUUUCAGCAAUAAAUAUUAAAUUAAAUAUAUAGAUCAUGUUUAAGCUUCAAUCAAUGUCAGCAGAUGAUUAUAAAACAGAUGGUUUUAAAUAUAAAAUUUUUUACGCAUUUCAUCAAACACCAUUUGGAAAGUGUCUCAUUGGAAUUUUAAAUAAUAAAGAAAAAGCAAUUUGCCAUUUAUCUUUUGUCAAUAAAAAUGAGAGUACAUCAUUAGAAUCUUUGAAAAAGCGCUGGACACAAAAUGAAUUAAUUAAAAAUGUUAAGGAGACAACUGAAUACGUAGAAAUAAUUUUUUCACCCAAUUUUAAAGGAUUAAAUGAUGAAAAUUCUGAUUUGGACGAUGUAAUCUAUAUUGUUUUGAAAGGAACAGAGUUUCAAAUAAAAGUUUGGACACAAUUGAUUGAAAUACCAUGUGGUUCGACAACAACUUAUGAAAAAAUUGCUCAAGCUAUUGAAAAACCAACAGCAAUUCGUGCCGUGGCAAAUGCAAUUGCUAAUAAUCAAUUGGGAUAUUUGAUUCCCUGUCAUCGUGUUAUGAGUAAAAAUGGUUGCAAUAAAUACGAAUGGGGAGUGGAACGAAAAAUAGAAAUUUUAAAUUACGAAAAGGAAUUAACAAAUUAAAUCUUAAUUGAAAAAUAUAUAAAUUAUUCAUAAUGGAUUUAAAGAAGAAAUAAUUAUUAUAUGUAUUAUCAAUAGUUUAUUUUUUUACUUAAAAAAAUCGAUAAAUAUAAUAAAAUACACAACUGCACACUAAUACACUGAGUAUGUAAAUUUAAAAAAUAUAUGUUUAUAUAAAUUGUAUAAAGUGUGCUUCAUUUUUCAUACUCUGUAAAAAUAUGCAGUACUCUCUCUCCCUCUCUUUCUAUUCUCUUGUAAAAAGUACACAUUCAAAAUUUUUUUUUAAAUUCUGUUUCGUGGCGAUUUUAGACAUGUUUCAAAAAAAAAUGAUUUCAUUUAAUAAAUAGGAACAAUAUUUAAAAAUAUAUAAUAUUUCAAUUAUAUUUUUAUUUUAUUAACGAAACAGUUUGAAAUCGUCACAAUUCAUUUUUUACAGUUUUAUAUUUAAAAAGGUUUUCUUUGACAUAAAGAGACAAUUUUUUCUUUUCUAUUUGAAAAGAAAUGUAUUUUAUUUAAUUUGCAUUUAAACGUAUUUAAGAAUUAUAUUAUAAGUACGAGGCGUUACUACUUGGUAGUAAAACGGCAUUGACGGUGAACAGAUUAAAUAAAUUUUUUGUUCCUUGAGACGCCGUCGAAUCACAUUUAAUUGGAGUUUACAAUUGUAAUUUAAAAUUCAAUCACUCCAUAUUAUUAUUUCUAAGUCACAAGCGCACUUAUACAUGGAAGUUUCUUAAGAAUUUUAAUUCUAUACACUAUAGUUCUAUUUAAAUAUACAAAUAUUUACAAUCAACUAUUCACAAACUAAAAUAUAAAGCGUUAAUUAAAUAUUCGAUGGACAUUCCAAGAAGUGUUUUCAUUUAAAGAUUUUUAAGUAUUUCAUCAAAUUUUUUUUUGGCGUCUAGAUUAACUUAGAAAACAUUGAGGUAUUAAAAAUCAGCCUUGAAACUUAUAUUGUGUGGCAGUUUAAAUGUUUGGAAGCUUUUAAUCAUUUCUGAUCUUUUCCUUUUUUUUAGCAAUUUGAAUAAUAGAAUUACAAUAAUAUGGUAGAAAAAUACUUUACGGUGGAUAAAAAAUAGU